UCGCCCACCGCCGCCUUCCAAAUCCCCCUCGGGAUCUCCCCUUGCCCGAUCCACCAACCAGCCGCCGCCACCCUCUCCCUUGUUUUCCCCACCGAGCCAAUCCCAGGGCACCAGUCUCCAGUCCCUCGCCCGAGGCUCCCGCAGCCACCUCCUUUCCCGACCUGGUCGUCGACCCCGUUGUUGCCGGCGAGCAGCAGCAGCCUGGAGUCCGUAGCCUCGCGUCGUCGUUGACCGUGACCAUCGCGCCUCAUCUACGGAUACAGGCUUGGCCUCCUCGUGCCCUCCUUCCUCCCGUUCUUCUUAUCUCUCUGCUCUAACCUAUCUCUUCCCUGUGUUCCCUUCCAGGAGCACCACACCAUGACCAUCGUCCCAUGCCGUCGGACAUCGCCUAGUCCUCGCCCCGCGCUGGAUCCAUCCAUCCCCGAUGCCUGCUGCCUCCUUCCUGCUCGGAUCCGGGAAGUUCCGAGCCGAGACGCCACCAUUCCCCUACGGCCUCCCUCCCUGCACCAUGCGUCGAUGUGCCUGGCCUCGUCUUCUCCAGUUAGUGCACCUCAAGAGCCGACCAUGGAUGCCCAAAUUACCAUGUUUCCUCCCCGAGCUCCAAGUCCCCGCACUGCUGACCCUGCUGACGCGUCGCCGUCGAGAACAUGCGCUGCCUCUUUCAGCUCCGCCCGCAUGCCACCUCACCGGAGAACGCCGUUACGCGCCUCGAUCCGCCCGUUCCCACCGGUUCCCACCGACCCCGUCGUCGGGACCCCCGGCUGUCGUCUCCUGCGUCGCCAUGGACGUGCCACUGUUUAUGUUCUUCAGAAACGAGCAGCAGCAGCUCGCCCGCUCAUCCCCGUUGACCGCGGCCGCGCGUGGCCUCCGCGCCUUGGGCAGCCUUCUGCCGCCAAGGCCCAGUGCACCUCCAGAUCCAGCCCAGCGCCACCUCAGGCUGAUUUGGCCCAAGGUGAACAGAUCCCCAAUGCCCUCCUCUGUUCCUACUUGGGCUUGGCCCGAUUCUACUACUGCUACUGUCCUGUGCAGCCCAGAUCUGUUCAGAUACGGCUAAGAGUCUAUUUUUUUACAGUCUGCGAAUUUUCUAUUUAUCCAAGGAAAAUUGUUUUGCAGAAAAACCCUUGCACUUCAUGCAUAUCAAAACUCAACAAUCGUGCAUCAUAUUAAAAUGACUCAUAUAUGUAAAAUGCCUAGAAUUUCAUCUAGUUUCACAAUAUGUCACUUUCAUCAAUGUUUAAAAUGUUAAACUUUCUGUUUGCAUUAAUUUUGCAUAAUGACAUGUUAAAAUGGUUUAUUUCAUAACUAAAUAACCUUAGCCCCGUUUUAAAUAAACAUUAUAUGUAAAUGGGGUAGAAAAUGCAUAGAUUAACAUGGUGCACUUUAUUUUACUGUUUAACAACAAUAAAAUAUGCUUUAGGGCGGAACAGUACCAAAUUUGAAAUAUGCAUAUGCGGAUUUUCUGGAAUUGUUGUUUGUUAUUUCUGGCCUCAUUUAAACUUGUCUAAAUAGUUAGUUUACUUAUGCUUCACCUCUUUCCAUGUUUGACAACAUUUAAUAUUGUUGAGUACAU